AUCUAUUCUCAACCUAAAAAGACGCCCCCAUUUGCUCCUUCAUCGGAAACCAACAUCCCCACCAGUUGACGUCCUCCAUGUUCGAAUAUCAGUCUCCUUCCCAUAUGUGACCGCCUGAACUCGAAAAGAAACCCACAUAUCCCCUUCGUGUAUGGAUUUUGCCCUAGCCACCGUCUCCCUCACGCUCUUGCGAACUCUGAAUGGAUGAAGCAUCGAUCUCCGACCGGCGAUUCUGAGACCAUCUCCACCGUAUGCACCGACUUCUCCGCCAGCAACUACAGCGCACACAUCUCAGCCUCUCCGACUACAACGCACCGGCUUUGUUUUUAGCAUCUGAUCGUCGAUUUCAAGAAAAUGCUUGGAGAUGGUGUUUGAGACUAGACGGAAAGAAGAGAUUAUGCUUGUUUGAGAUCGAAGAGGAUGUGUUCUUGUUGACCGGAUUAAAGCCUCUCGGAGGCCAAAGAAUAGACCAAGGGCCAUCAAGAGACAACCUAAUAUUGAAAGAAAGGAGAAAGGCGAAGUGA